UGAACUUAUAAAGGAUAUUAUUAAAGAAGUAUUAUAAAAAGAUGAUUAAAAUCCUUUCUUUUUUCAAUAGUUUCCACCCUCUUUAAGCCAAGGAUGGUCGUUUGAAACGCUAGGAAACCAUUGUCUAUUAGAAAACUUGUUCGCCGAUGGGAAGAAUUUUGGUCAAGCAUGAAUGUUACUUUGCUUGGAGGCAGUGUAAGGAACAAACUUCUCCAUACUCUAUCACAUAUUAGGAGUUUCUCAGAUCACAAACUUAGACACACAACACCAACCAAGCGUCUAGACAAGGCACUCAGAGUUCUUGAUAUCAUAACCCCAAAAACAGGUGCCAGAAUCCGCCAAAGCCACCUUCGCCUCAUUCAGGACUUUCUACAAACUAAUUCGAAUCAAGACAGCGAACCAUACUUUCGCUGUGACUUCAUUUCCUGUAGGUCAGUAGAGGGAAUCUCGAAUGUGCUUGAUAAAAUAAUUGAAUCUUCUCCUCCAAACGACCAAGUGUCUGAUGCUAGCUGUUUCAGAUAUGAUGCCGGUUCUUUGUCCAAUGCAGUAAGUUGGUGUGCUUCCUCGCGUGAUCUUCGAGCUGGGAUUCAGUAUCAUUGCUUAGCAAUAAAUAUUGGGUUUGAUGCCAAUGCCUAUGUAGGCAGUUCGCUGAUCACCUUGUAUUGCAAAUGCGGGGAAUUGGAUAAUGCGUAUAAAGUGUUUUACGAAAUGCCUGUGAGAAAUGUGGUAUCAUGGACGGCUAUCAUUUCUGGGUUUGCACAGGAAUGGCAAAUUGAUGUAUGUCUGGAGCUGUUCUCUGCGAUGAGAAAUUCAACAUUAGUACCUAAUGAUUUCACAUUUACGAGUCUUUUGAGUGCUUGUACUGGUAGUGGGGCUCUUGGGCAAGGGAGAAGUGCUCACUGUCAAAUAAUUCAAAUGGGUUUGGAUUCCCAUUUACACAUUGCCAAUGCUCUUAUAUCAAUGUAUUGCAAGUGUGGAAGCGUUCAAGAUGCAUUAUUCAUAUUUGAUAACAUGUAUACUAAGGAUAUUGUCUCGUGGAAUUCGAUGAUAAGUGGGUAUGCACAGCAUGGGUUGACAGUGCAGGCAAUUGAGCUUUUCGAAAAGAUGAAGAAGCUAGGCACAAAACCUGACUCCAUAACUUUUCUUGGUGUUCUAUCUUCAUGUCGCCAUGCAGGUUUUGUUGAAGCAGGAAGAGGCUAUUUCAAUUCAAUGGUUGAAUAUGGUGUAAGACCAGAACUAGACCACUAUUCAUGUCUGGUUGAUCUUCUUGGUCGUGCAGGAUUAACAGAGGAAGCUCGUGAUAUUAUUUUAAGGAUGCCUUUACCUCCCAACGCCAUUAUAUGGGGCUCACUAUUAUCCUCCUGCAGACUUCAUGGGAAUGUUUGGAUUGGUAUACAAGCUGCAGAAAGUAGGCUCUUGCUAGAACCAGAUUGUGCUGCCACCCACCUGCAAUUGGCAAAUUUAUAUGCAAGUGCAGGGUGCUGGGAUCAAGCAGCGAGAGCGAGGAAAUUGAUGAAAGAUAGAGGACUUAAAACAAAUCCUGGCUAUAGCUGGAUUGAGAUCAAGAACAAGUUUUACAGAUUUAAAGCAGAAGAUGGGUCCAACACCAGAGUUAGUGAAAUGCUUAUCGUAUUGGAUUGCCUUGUAGACCACAUGAUAACUUUAGGAUAUGCGCCUGAAAUACAGGAGGUCAGUGAUGUUGUGUAAGAGUUUUGAGUCGUCUAGAUUAGCAGCUUGAAUCAUGCAAAAUGAAAUAUUCCAAUUGUAAGUCAAUAUAAGAUCUACUUUGCAAUACACACGAGAUGUAGCAGUGAAAUUGAAACGUUAAGAUUGAUUCGAGGAGAAAACUUUUCAUGCCA